AUGGAUAACUACGCUAACGCUAACAGAGGAGCUGGAAACGGAAACGGGGAUGGAGAUGGACACCAAAAUCACCAGAUGCCUCAACACUUCCUCCAAUACCCACUAAGGCCAUGGAACGUAAUGUUCACGAUGACUCGACAGCAACUCGCAUUGAUGUAUGUCACUUGGGCCGCCGCUCGAGUGCGUGUGCACCAACAAGUUUAUGAACCUGCCUUACCACUUCCUCCUAAUCCGCCACCUCUGAUCUGGCCAGACGAGCUGCAUGCGAUGAUGGUGUUAUGGAUCGCAAGGGAACACCGGAUGUUUGAAAUGGAGGUGCGGGAACUGGAAUACCUCCUGGGACUCAGAGAACACCGCUUCUAG